UCAAACCCCUCUAAAUACUGAAGGCUAUCACACGCCUAUAGCAAGAGUGUAUGAAUUGAAAAAGAAUAUUGAUAAGAAAACAAAAUCCUUGAAUAGUUCACUAGCCAAUAUUGAAAAUACGGUAAAUCAAUUAAAAACUCAACAUGAUAGUAUUUCUGAAGAAAUGAAAACUAUGUUUGAGAAGUUUGAAGAGAUGACACUCGCUGUAAAUCAUGAUUACUUUCAUGAGCUAAAAAUUCUUGAAGAUAAUAUUCACGGUUUAGUUUCAGAAAGUGGAAAAUCUCCUUGGUUAGAUAUAUUUUACCUAAUGAUGUCUUAUGUGCUUGCUG